UUGUCAAUCCCCGAACAAAACAGGAAACAGAAUUUUGUCACACGAAACCGUAGAAAAUUUUAUUUUGUACAAGAAAAACGUUUUAAUAUUUAUGAUUUCCAAAUCGUUUAGUUGACGCAUCAAUUUGCUCGACAGCUUUGUAUCUUUGACUUGUUGGAGUAAAUCGGUAUUUAUCGUAAAAGUUCACGUUCCUCACAAUAGAUGGCGAAAGAAAAUUUUAACAGACUUAUCCGUAGUCAUUGAUUACUUGCGGAGUAGUGCAAACGCGAAGCGAUGGAAGACGAAGACGAAAACACUACGCCAAGCGAAUGGGUGCCGUCCUGUAGCUCCGACGGCGGUAGCGGUACAGGCAGCACCUGCCUGACAGAGCUGCUGCGAAAAGCCAUCGCUGGCAUCUCUGUGCCAUUGAAGCCAGCUGCAGUCAAGAGGCCAAUUGGUGCAGCAAAUUUCACGGAUGCCGCAUACAAUUCUUCUUUGAUGGAACGAGCUGGUCUGUCAAAGAGGCAUUGCAUGCGGCAGUCAACAAUCACGGCCAAGGACCUCGCAGAUUGCUAUUAUUUAUGUAGUUUCAAUUCGUUUCAUACUAUCAUUGAUAGGAUUAGAUUUUGUUCCCCUCUGUAACAUAGUAAAUAUAGAUGAUAGAUUAUGCAAACACUGGUCUAUUCUGUAUAAGUAAAUUAACGAAUAUAAAAACCGUGACCUAUUUUUGUCUUUUACAACAUGUAGAUUUUUUCCGACACCGA